CAUUACGUUUUGGAGUUAACAUAAAUUGGCUGUUUGUCAGCGAGCACAUAACAGCGCGUUAUCAGUGACAGUUAUAUUGUUGAGUGCGUAGUAUCGCAGCGUUUCGUUGAAACAAAGAGACCCUACGUUCAAUCGUAUGUCCAUCCAGAAUCUCAACACAUUCGACCCAUUCGCCGAUGCUAUCAAAAGCUCGGAGGACGACGUUCAAGAUGGUUUAGUCCACGUCCGUAUCCAGCAACGAAACGGGCGUAAGACGCUGACUACGGUGCAAGGCCUUUCCUCGGAAUAUGACCUGAAGAAGAUCGUGCGGGCAUGCAAGAAGGAGUUCGCGUGCAACGGUACGGUCGUGGAGCACCCGGAGUACGGCGAGGUGCUGCAGCUUCAGGGCGACCAGCGAGAGAAUAUUUGCCAGUGGCUCACCAAAUCCGGCUUAGUGAAGCCUGAACAACUCAAGGUGCACGGUUUCUAAGCCGCCCUGCUAAAACAUAACAUGUCCACACUCAACAUUGUAUUAUGAGAGAUUGCGCGUUGUAAUUAUAAAUCCUAUUAAAAAUAUGUAUUUAGAGAGCACCGACGUCUACAGAGAAAAGAGAACACGGUUGUCCGCGCCCUGUGCCUUGCGACUUCCUCUGUUGUAUAAAAUAUUGUAAAUCUUAUAUAUUAUCGCCGCCGUCUCGUCUCAUAAGUUGCAAAAUAAUCAAUCGAACGAAAUAGUGAAUAUACCUAAUAGCUUGUUUUUGUUUUUAUACGACAUUGUAUUUUUAAAUUGCUGUAAUAAUUCAAUUAAUAAAUAACAUGUUUUUGUAUGCAUUCCACUUUUAUUUUGAUCGUCGCGUGUGCAAUCUGCUAUGGUUGCUAGCAGCACAUAACGGUGGUUCUGCAAAUGUGAUUACCUAUGUGUGCAGUGAAUGUGGGUGAAAGUAGGUAAGUUGGAGCUAAGUCACGAAAAUACGUGUUGCGUGGAACAAAGGCACGGUGAUAUGAUGCUGUGAAGUUUUCUAACGUUUCCUUGUUAUAAUAAACAAAGAUAAGCAAAGGGCCUUCGUUAUUUAGUUUCAAUGUUUACCUGAUUAACAGAUAUGACGAUAUAAUUUAAGCGAACCAUAAUUUUAAAAUCAUUUGUUCAACACAUGAUCAUAAUUUGUAUCUGUUUGGACUUUGUAUGUUUGUGUCAAGAAAAAUACCACAGACUAGAUAAUUCGUAAGUAAAUUCUCGAACUGACAAA